CUUGCUUGACUUAUUUCUUUUAAUACAUUUUUUUAGGUUUACCUUUGCAUUUUUUCUAGCAGUUUGCAAAGGAAACUAUUAAUAACUUUUAACAAUGGCACCUAAAAGAAAUAAUAUGAUUCCGAAUGGCCAUUUCCACAAGGAUUGGCAAAGAUUUCUCCAAACGUGGUUUAACCAGCCUGCUAGAAAACGAAGGAGGCAUAUUCAACGUUUAAAAAAAGCAAAGGCUGUUGCUCCAAGACCAGCUAAAGGUCCAUUAAGACCAGUUGUAAGGUGUCCUACUUUUCGGUAUCACAAUAAAGUUAGAGCUGGACGUGGAUUUACUUUAGACGAACUUAAGAAAGCAGGAAUCACACCGGCUUUUGCUAGAACAAUCGGUAUAGCAGUAGAUCAGAGAAGAAGAAAUAAAUCUCUUGAAUCGUUGCAAAAAAAUGUUCAGAGAUUAAAAGAAUACAGAUCGAAAUUAAUUUUGUUCCCAUCUAAAUGGAAUGCUAAGAAAUUGAGAAAAGGAGAAGCGACCAUGGAAGAAAAGAAAGUUGCUACUCAAUUAAGGUCUAAAGUUAUGCCCAUUAGACAAGGUACAUCUAAAUUGAAGAUUAGACCCGUUACAAAAGCAGAAAAGAAAUUCUCCGUGUUCAAUGCGCUUAGAGCUGCUCGAGCUGAUGUACAAUUAAUCGGAGCAAGAGCUAAAAAGGCUAAAGAGGCUGCUGAAAAUGCUGAUGACGUAUCAAAACCAGCUAAGGAAAAGAAAGCUAAAUAAAAACUGUAAAAAUGGCUAAUCAAAACCAUAAUGUUUAA